GGGUGGCGGCAGGUCAGCACGGCUUGUGGCAUCCUUAAGGGUGACACUGCCAAGCUGACACAAGGAGAUAUUGGAAGUGUACGUGUCUGUGUACGUGUGUCCGUUCUUUUCCUUUCGUGAUAUAAAGACAUAAGAGGUUUUGAUUGUUAGUAUUUUUUUAUGAAUAGUACGAACAAGUGACGAGGAUUUGGUGUACGUGUAACUUAUACCGGGAAACAAGAAGACGAAAAAGAUUUACUUUGCGUUCGUAGUACCUCACUCCUUCAGACGUGCCAUAAACCUAUUACGCUCGAAGGUCAAUUUACUUGAAAGCAAAAGAGAGACUUUAAGAAAAAAAAAGAAAAUACAACCUUCUUAGCAACAAAAACAACACCAAAGAACAAAAAAAAAAUCUAACUCACCCACGAAACAAAUACAAUUACAUAACGGAACUAAGAACAAUAAAAUUAAAAAGAAAAGAAAAGAAAAGAAAAAAGAAAUAAAAGAAAUUAAAAAAAGCAUAUUGACCUGAGAAAAUCGACUUCCCUCCCACUACAUAUUUCGAAACAGGUCACCUCGCACAAGGAAACUGCUCAGAAGACGAUAAAUAUGCGCGAGUGGGUGAUAUUAGGUCACCUCGCUCUCCUCGCGGUCAUGUGCUUCGCCGGAGCAGAGGCGCGCGGAGCCGAACAGAAGCUCGGAGAAGCCUUAGGAGCGGAAGGAAGCCGAGAGGAAGCCGAGGAAGAGCCUCGCCUUCAGGAACCUCUCCCGACGUCUCCCGAGGAACAGCUCCUCCUCCAGGCAGGUCCUCCUCACCCUCCCCCGAAGGAAGUCGAGAGGGAGGGGAAGAUGGAGGAGAAGGGAGGAAACAAGGAGGAGAGGGAGGGAAAGAAGGGGAAGGAAGAGGAGAUAGAAGAAGGCGAUGAAGACGAAGACGAAGAAGACGAAGAAGAAGGAGGAGACAUCGUCUUGGUGGCCCUCGGAGGCGGCGAGGACGAGGUGGUCAUGGCACAGAUGGCGGCACUGCUCCACCUCAACGGGCAUCGCGUCAGUGCCAUCGUCUACGGACCCGGGCCGCGCGAGGAGAGGUUUCCUGCAGGGGUCAAGGUCCUCGAGCUCGGCGUUUCGGAGGACGACCCCCUGUACCCCGGGGGCUCGAGCGUGGCCGUGGCCCCGGGGGAGGAGGAGGGCGCCGAGUGGGUGAGCGGGCGUGUCCUGGCGUCGCGGGCGAGGGCGUGCGGCCUCUUCUCCCGGCUGCCGCGGGUGGAGGCGGGGUUCCGUCGCGCCCGCCUUGUGGUAACGCCCCUUUUCCUCCACGACCUGUGCGUCCUCACUCUGGCGCAGCGCGUGGGCGUGCCGGUGGUGGGCGUGGUGACGUCGAGAGUGGGCGCGUGGUGGGUGUGGGACAACCUGGGCGUCCUCCCCCCCCUGGCUACUACGCCCGUGCCGCCCGCGACGAUGCAGGAGCUCGACAUCUGGGCGAGGGCGUCGAACAUCGCGAGACACUACGGGUACGUCUCGAGCCUCCCGACAGCAUGGCAGGGCCCCCUCACCCCCUCGCGCCUCCCUGGGCCUUCAAUCAACAAGCCAGUCACAGAUAUGGUUACAUUUCACACGUGUCUUGAAGCCCGACUGGAGACGUGCUGCCAGCUGUCCCCACGCUGCACAACCCUAGAUGUAUGA